GAUUGUGCAAGACGGUGAAAUCAGUGCGGGGGAAUCAUGCCGGCUGGCGUUCCGCUGCGUCAGUAUCUGACCUUCAUGGCGGCCUCUUUGCUGUCCAUGUUCGUCGGAUCACAGGUAGUUCACAAUUACUAUCAUCCACUGCGGGACCUGAACUAUUACGUGGAGCGAGAGAUAAAAAUGCAAAGGUUGCGCGAAGUGCCACAACCCCCGGAAAGUGGAGAUGCUUCCAAGGAAGGUUAAAUAAACAGGACAGCUAGUCGAUAAUCGCGGUUACACACGUA